UUCUCUCAGGGGCUCUCGCUCGGCGCGGCCAUGGAGGCGGACGGGAGCCAGGCUACCUCGGGGAGCCCCGGAGAGGCGCAGCACGACCCCGGCAAGAUGUUCAUCGGCGGCCUCAGCUGGCAAACCUCACCAGACAGCCUUAGAGACUAUUUUAGCAAAUUCGGAGAAAUUAGGGAGUGUAUGGUCAUGCGGGACCCCACCACCAAGCGCUCCAGAGGCUUCGGGUUCGUUACGUUCGCGGAUCCGGCGAGUGUAGACAAAGUCCUGGCUCAGCCGCACCACGAGCUGGACUCCAAGACGGAGGCAGAUCGGUUGGGUAUUGGCAUGGAAACGUCGCUCUUGUUUACAAUUGACCCUAAAGUUGCGUUUCCCCGACGAGCACAGCCCAAGAUGGUCACAAGAACAAAGAAAAUAUUUGUAGGUGGAUUAUCGGCUAAUACAGUAGUGGAAGAUGUGAAGCAAUACUUUGAACAGUUUGGCAAGGUAGAGGAUGCCAUGCUAAUGUUUGACAAGACGACCAACAGGCAUAGAGGAUUUGGCUUCGUAACUUUUGAAAAUGAAGACGUGGUGGAAAAAGUCUGUGAAAUUCAUUUCCACGAAAUCAAUAAUAAAAUGGUAGAAUGUAAGAAAGCACAACCUAAAGAAGUGAUGUUUCCACCAGGGACGAGAGGAAGGGCACGUGGAUUGCCGUAUACCAUGGACGCUUUUAUGCUAGGGAUGGGAAUGUUGGGUUACCCGAAUUUUGUUGCAACAUAUGGCCGAGGAUAUCCUGGAUUUGCCCCAAGUUACAGUUAUCAGUUCCCAGCCCUAUUACCAUAUUUAAAUGCAAGUUUUCCGGCAGCGGCUUAUGGACCAGUAGCAGCGGCAGCCGUGGCAGCAGCAAGAGGAUCAGGUAGGGGGGCCCGUGGAAGAGCAAACCCUGAGAGUGCAGGGUCAGUCUUGAAUAGCUACAGUGCUCAACCGAAUUUUGGCGCACCCGCUUCCCCGGCAGGCUCCAACCCAGCGCGGCCCGGAGGCUUCCCCGGGGCCAACAGCCCCGGGCCCGUCGCGGAUCUCUACGGCACGGCCAGCCAGGACUCCGGCGUGGGUAACUACAUAAGCGCCGCCAGCCCGCAGCCGGGCUCCGGCUUCGGACACGGCAUCGCCGGACCUUUGAUUGCAACGGCUUUUACAAAUGGAUACCAUUGAAACGUUACACAUGGUUGGUUGCCAUCUCACUUGGAGAGUCUCUCUGGAUGUCCGGGCAAGACGGGGCGAAGUUUCUGAAGGGGCCCACAGUUGGGUGAUCUCAUCAGACUUUGAGCACUACAUCAUCAUCAUCAUAAUCAUCAUCAUCAUCACCGCCAACGCAAACUGGAGGUGGCACUCGAAGGACUUGGGUUGUUUAAAAUCUCUCUCAUCAUCUCAUGAAUCUGCUGUACUAUAAAAACAACAGCUUUUAAAAGUAUGUAUAUAAAACCCAUUUCUUGUUCGUUUUAUUUUCUCGAUGGGUUCCCCCCCUCUUUUUAAAGCUCUCCAAACCCACAUUUUUUCGUAGCGUUUUUGACAUAGUCUCGUAGCCACGUAGUCAGAAUUCUUUGUGUAUGUAGCGAGAGCCUAACCAUAGUGUAACUGUUAUAUUAAGGGGUUUCUUUUGCUUUUCUUUCCCACCUCCCCUCCUCCUCCUCCCUUCUGUUUUACGUAGUUGUUGUUGCUUAAAGGAUGCUGAGAUGGUGACAGGAGCCUCGGCCGCCGGUCCCGGCUCGGUGGCAGGGGGAGCGGAGCCGGCGGCGGGCGCAGCAUGGGGGGCUGGCAGGGCAGGGGAGGGGGGAGCAACAGGUUCUCUGGCCCUUCUUUUCCUUUGUGGCGUCUUGGUUACUCUAAUUCUCUCUAUUUUCGGCAAUAAGGCGAGGGCGACAAACUUUUUGCGCGUCCUUUUUCUAUAUAAGUGCUUUUUUUUGUUGAAAGAGGUGAUAUAAGGUUUUUUGAAAUUGUGAAUUCUGAAAAAAAAAAAAAGAAAAAAUAAUAAAAUGCUGUAAAUACAAUUCCAUUAACUACAUAGAAACUAUUAAGAAAGAGAAAUACAAACCUAUUUUUGUGAUGGAGUCAGCCUAAGGCAGUUUCUCUAUGAAAAUGGAUGAAAAAAGACAAGGAAGUUGUAGCCUUUCAGAGCGACUGCCGGAGCUGGCCAGGGGGGUUGUGAUGCUGUGGGACCCUCCCAGCUCGCCCAGUUCGUACCAGCAGCUUCGCUCUCAGAUGUGCACAGCUUACAAAGGAACAGUCUAGUGGUAUUUUUAUUUUAAUUUAAAACCUGCUUUUCCCAAAACUGAUCAAGAAGCUACGAUUUUUCCUACUCAACGCAUUUACGGUUCAAAGCACACCUUUAUUUCGGGUUUUUUUUGUUUGGGUUUUUUUUUUUUUUUUUUUUUUUUUUGGUCAUUGUUUUAAACUAGAUCAACUUGCUGUCCAGUCAUUUCAGCUGCUCUGGGCACCCCGUGCGGGCAGAGCAGCGUCCAGCUUGCAUGGUUUCCUUUAUUAUCCAUCACUUUCUGUAUUAACAAAUUAGAAAGCAACUUUGGUUGGUUUUGUUUUCUUUUUUUUUUUUUUUUUUUUUUUUGGGAAUACCUCAGUGCUACAAGUUUCACCCUAGAAGCAAUGGAAGAUUUUAAUUUAUUGUAGUUGUAAACAGAAUUUAAAAGAAAUAAAGUAUAAAACAUCAUUGCACUGUGACUGGUAGGGGAAAAACUGACAGUUUCCUAUUUGCACAUGUUUAAUAUUUGGCUGUUAUAUAUAUGGUCCUCUGUUGGGGGAGGAAACUUAUGAAGGAUAUUUUUUAAUUUAAUUUUUUUAAUAUUGGUAAAUAGGCCUGCAACAGCAAACUAGAAGUACAACAUGGUAGGUGGCAUUAAGAACAUACUGUAGUGUGGAUAUAUUUCUUCUUUUUUUAACGUAAUAUUGACAAGUUUUAUUAAUAUUUUUUUAAAUUGUUACGUUUAUAAAUUUGGUACUUUAGGUACAGCCAGUAUAAGACACUGAAUGCGACAUUUGUUAAAAAGAGCUGCUGCACUCCUAUUUUUGUAAAUUUUACUAACAAGUAGACUAAUGUAGACAUUCAAUAGACAAGGUAGAGCAAGGCAUCUUUAACAAAACAAGGCACCAUACUGCUAACCGAAAGGAGAAAACCUUGUUUUUCUUGUUUUUAAAAAAAAUCAUGCUUUUUAUGUAAUGUUUUAGGUUUUUUUCUUAUUUCAGAACAACCAGGUUUAAGCAAAAUGCUGGACGCUUUUUAAAUAUUGAGACUUGAUCAAGUAAUAAAAGAAAUAAAACCGAAUUCUUUAAAAAAUAAAAAGGUAAAAAAAAAAAAAAAAAAAAGACAAACCAAAUUCCCUGCGAUUCAAUGUGCCGUCAGGGAAUUUUUUAUUGCUAUUUUGUCAAUGUUGAUGAUGUACUGUACUACCAGUUGGUUUUCCUCUCCAUUCCCUGUCACCUCAUAGAAUAUUCUUUGUUGAUCAUUGUUGUAUGUUAAUAGUGUAUAAAAUGGCUUAUCUUGUAAGAGUGCUGUCCUGAUGGUAGUGUAGUGAAUUUUUCCCCCCCUCUUUCUCUCUUCCUCUUCUAGUACAUAUUGUUAGGUGUAUCGUAAUUAAGGUUAAAAAUUUAGAUGUAGUUAUUCAGAUUUAGGACCAGUAAGGAUAGAACUUUCUCUUAUUUAAGAAAAAAAAAAUGCUAAUAAUUUUGGGAAGGUUUUCCUCUUUUGUUUUUUUCUUCUCUUUUUUUCUUUCUGUGCUUUUUUUUCUCUUGUUUAUUAUUUUUCUUUUGCUGAUCUGAUGCGGUUUCAACUAACCAAAGGUCUCACAAUGUUAAAAAUGCUGGCAAACUCUUAAGGCAUUUGUAGAUCCCCACCCUUGACUUUGGAAAGGGGAUGUGCCAUACUACCUUAAAUGCUAAUGCUAGAUAUGCAAAACUGGAUUUUUUUAAUUUAUUUUUUAAAAGAGGGAGGCACGGUAUAUUAAAACGAUUUUACUAAGAGAAAAAAAAAAACAUAUUUUUUUAAGAAUGCUCAGAAGAAAUUGCUAAUCUGUGUGAAUAUGUUUUAGAUGUUUAUAUACCUUUUGAGAAGUCCCAGUGGCCCAUAGCACAAAUGUCGUGGAAUCCAAGAUGUUUUGAUGUGGCUACCUAGACUAAGGUUCACGUUAGUCCCCCACUCAUCUAGAAAUCCAUUUUGGAGGAUUUUUUUUUUUUUCUUUUUCUUCGUUUGUUUGGGGGUUUUUUGUAAAUUUUUCAGCACAAAGGUUCAGCUGCACCUUUGUUUUACUCAAGCCCAGAGAGCGAAGGAUCGUGGAAUCAUGGAAUGGUUUGGGUUGGAAGGGACCCUAAGGACCGUCCAGUUCCACCCCUGCCAUGGCAGGGACACCUUCCACUGUCCCAGGCUGCUCCAAGCCCCAGUGUCCAGCCUGGCCUUGGGCACUGCCAGGGAUGGAGAGCCCACAGCCUGUGCGGGCACCCCGAGGGACGGUGCCCUUUGCUUUCCAGAUCUCUCACACGGACCCGCUACCCCCGGGGUGGCCAAAAUGAGGGAUUUCCACCACGCUGGGUGACCUGGGCAUCCAAAGGGCCCGCAGGGCCACUCCUGCCCGGCUGUGCUGUGGGACGGGCCAUGUCCCAAACACCAGGGACAUUUUGGAGGAGCCACAAGAGCUUGGGACCCUCCCCCUUCGAAUAACCCAAGUCCUUUGUGAUCGGCUUGAUUAAAGCGAAGCCUGAUCUGUCCUUUGGGGUUUUUAUUUUUUCUUACACUUCAUAAAUGUUCAUUUUGAGUUGAAUUUGUAGCUUGGACUUUAAGGUAGCAUGGCUCUCUUUGCUGUAAGUUGAUUUUUUUCCAUUGUACAGCAGUGUCUGCUGGUGAAUGUCACACAUCUUGCUAGGCUUAGUUAAACCAUUGGGUAAUUGUGGGUGAUUACGACCUGAAAGGUGUUGGGAUUUCUUUUCUUCCCUGCUGGGCAGCCUAGGAUGCUGCUUUCAUC